AUGGAUGAUGUGUUGAUAACUGGAGUGACGCCAGAACAACAUAAUCAACGUCUUGAAGAGGUUUUCAAGAGAAUUCAAGAUAAAGGUUUAAAAGCUAGUAAAGAGACGCAUUCUUGGUGUCACCGAAAUAUGGUGGAUUCAUAUUCAAAGUGGAUAGAAUAUACCGAAGUACAUGGGUAUACAACUAAAAUUGUUAAUAAUAAAUUAAGUGAAUUAUUUGCAAAAUUUGAUUUGCCGGACAAAAUAGUGUCUGAUGGAGGUCCAGCCUUCAUAAGUAAAAAUUUUAAACAAUUCUGUGAUGAAUUAAAAAUACAACAUAUACUUACUCCACCCUAUCAUCCUAGCUCAAAUGGCCAGGCUGAAAGGAUGAUAGGCAUAGUGAAAAAUUGUCAAGAGAGGGAGGAACAUCUUAGUGAAAUAGAUGAGACUUCAGGAACUAGUUAUUUUUGUGGGGAAAAUAACAGGAAAAAGCCGGAGGUUGCUUAUCGUAACUACAACAAGAUCAAUGAGAUUGAAUCUCAAAACAAACAAUAUGGAAAUAGGCAGUGGCCGCCUACGAAAUAUGAUGGAACGUUGAAAAAAAUUAAGGAAAUUUGA